GCAGCGCCCCACGCGUGCCUUCCCCCACGAUAGAUACGGGGCCCGUGGGAUCAGGGUGCUCACUCGGCUGCUGCAUGUAGCUGCGGGGUCUCCGCUGUGUGAUACCCCCGGGUGCUCCUGUGCAGCACGGCCCGGGCGCUGAGAGGGGGGAGGGAGCAGUACUUUGGGCCCACGCACAGGUCCCCGCCCCCUAAACCUCCGUUAACCCCACGCAGGCCGCCCGGGAGCAGCUACAGCGGCAGCAGAGACACACCGCGGACCGUGCUCGCUCCCAGAACGGGUUAACGCCGGGAGUCCUCCUCCAGUGAUCCGCAGCCCGGCGCCGGAACUACCAGCCUUUGCCCCAGCCGCCUGAGAGCGCCCCGGGAUCUGCCGCCGUUACCGGGUGAUGUGACCCUCCCCCUCCCGUACCAUGCUCCGCGCUGCCCAGCUCCCCGCUGUGGAUGUGUGAGAGGUGGGGAGCCCAGUAUGCCUGCACACUGCCGGCUGCCGCUGGGAUGGAGAGCCGGGGGAUGGUGAGCAGGCGGCUGGCCCUGGUGAUCUCCAGCUGCGUCCUCUCCCUGCUCCUCCGGGCUGUGGGGGCUCAGAACGGUGAUGGAUGUGGCUACACCUUUUUCGGCCCAGAAAGUGGAACUUUUACAUCGAAAAACUAUCCAAACACCUACCCAAACAGCACCGUUUGUGAAUGGAAAGUCCAAGUGAAACCUGGUGAAAAGAUUCAGCUGAAGUUUGGAGACUUUGAUAUUGAAGAUGUUGAUUCUUGUCAUUCCAGCUACUUGAGGAUUUAUGACGGCUUUGGGGCAACAAGAACUGAACUAGGGCCUAAGUAUUGUGGCUUAGCAUUAAAACCAGAAGCUAUUAUUGAAUCUAAGAGCCAUGAGGUAACCGUGCAGUUCAUGAGUGGGAUCCACAUCUCUGGACGAGGCUUUCUGGCAUCAUAUGCCACCACAAAUAAAACAGAUCUCAUCACAUGUCUGGAGAGAGCAAGCCGUUUCUCUGAACCUGAAUACAGAAAAUACUGCCCAGCUGGAUGUCUGACACCUUUUGGGGAGAUCUCAGGGACUAUUCCUCUUGGCUAUAGAGACUCCUCGUUGCUGUGUAUGGCUGGGGUACAUGCAGGUGUAGUGUCUAAUGCACUGGGCGGACCUGUAAGUGUGGUGAUCAGUAACGGCAUUCCUUAUUACGACAGCGCUCUGGCAAACAACGUUACAUCUAAAGUGGGCUCUUUGUCUACAACUCUCUUCACAUUCAAGACUAGUGGAUGUUAUGGAACUCUGGGAAUGGAAAAUGGUGCCCUUCUGGAAUCCCAAAUAACCUCCUCUUCCGUUCUGGAAUGGACAGAUCACACGGGGCAGAAUAAUGUUUGGAAGGCCGAUAGAGCCAGACUGAAGAGACAGGGACCGGCCUGGGCUGCGUCAUUCAGUGACGAGCAUCAGUGGCUGCAGAUAGACCUGAACAAGCUGACAAAAAUAACAGGUAUCACAACCACUGGAUCCACAAUAUCUGCUUACAACUACUAUGUUUCAUCAUAUAAAAUGGAGUAUAGCGACGAUAGCCUCAGGUGGACAGUCUAUAGAGAGUCUGAUAUGGAAAAAGAAAAGAUAUUCCAGGGUAAUUCUGACUAUUACCAAGAGGUCCGCAACAACUUCAUCCCUCCAAUAGUGUCAAGGUUUGUGAAGAUCCGGCCCACAAGUUGGCACCAGAAGAUUGCCAUGAAAGUAGAGCUGCUUGGAUGCCAAUAUGUUGCAGGUCUCAUUCCAAAAUUAACAGCCCCUCCUGCUUUUGCUGUGCCACGUUCCAAUUAUAAUCCAGUGCCUGUAGAGAAGACUACUUCCCCAUCUGAGAUAAAGAACACUACGAUGACUCCAGGCAAUAACAGAGAUGUCCCCUUGGCAGCCAUCCUGGUCCCUGCGUUAGUCAUGGUCUGCACCACCAUCGUACUGCUGCUCGUUUGUGCCUGGCACUGGAGAAACAGAAAGAAGAAAGCUGAAGGCACAUAUGACUUGCCAUAUUGGGAUCGUGCAGGCUGGUGGAAAGGAAUGAAGCAGUUUCUUCCCGCCAAAUCAGCAGAGCAUGAGGAGACCCCGGUGAGGUACAGUAGCUGUGAAGUCAGUCGUCUGAGAUCAAGGGAAGUGACCGCCAUGUCAGCAGAAUACGCCCAGCCCCUAGUUGGUGGAGCAGUCGGCACCUUGCAUCAGAGAUCCACCUUCAAACCAGAGGAAGGGAAAGAACCGGGCUACGCUGACCUGGAUUCUUACAACUCGACAGAGCAGGACAUUUAUCAUGCCUAUGCAGAACCACUGCCAACCAGUGGGCCAGAAUAUGCCACUCCAAUCAUUAUGGAUAUGUCUGGGCAUCCUGCCGGAACCAUGUGCCUGCCUUCGACGUCCACAUUUAAAUCUGGGGGGGCCCAAGCUCCUACACUAGUGGGGACCUAUAACAAACUCUUAUCUAGGACAGACAGUUCAGCAUCCACACAGGUACUAUACGACACUCCGAAGGUGGCUCCGGGGUCGAGCGCGGUGGAGGAGAUGGUGUAUCAGGUUCCCCAACCAACAGCGAGCAAGGAUGUGCCUCCUGCCGAGUAAAUAGGGGCACAGUGUAUUCAUUUGAACAAAGCGGCUUUAUUUUCUACGAGCACAUUGCAUCUUGCGUGUCCUUACGAAAGUAGAUGAUAGUCACAUUGGUAAACAUUUUAUUUGAAACAAAGAUUUCAACCACUGUUCACGAGCUUUAUACGGAAACACUAAACUACUUAACCAAAAUACGCAUAGGUCAGCAAGACGCAGAGGUGCCUUUCAGAAGAUGUGAUUGGUCUGCUAAGCUGCUUCCUGAUUGGUAACCUGUGCAUAGAAUGUUGACUCAGUCAGCCACUGGUUCUUGUAAGUUGUUCUGCUUUACAGGAACGUGGCCAGUGCUGAUAUCCACCUAGCAAUAUGUUACAUUAUUUCAUUGUUUUACUUUAUGCCAUCACCUUGUCCUUUCAGCAGCAUCCUCAGAAGUUUAGUUUUUUUUGGGAGUUACACAAUUAACAUGCCAAUAUUUAUUUACCGCCUGUUUAUCCUACUGAGCUCUGCUUAGGGCAGCAUGAUAAAAUAAUUAUACUGGCCCUCCUAUGUGCGCAUCCAGCCCGAAACACACAAACGCUGUGACAUUUUUUUAUGUUGUGUCCGUAAUGGCUGUUUUUUUUUGUUGUUGUUUUUUUUGUGGCGGAAAGAGGGUUUUUGGUGCUUAAGACGAAGUUUCCAGUCAUGUAGUGCUUUCUCGUGUGUAGAAUAUCAUCAUGUGUAUACAACAGCAUGGGAAUUACAUAAAAGCUUCUCUACACAGAACUGCAUACAAAAGCUGAUGAUGAUGUCCAAAGCAAUUAGGGGGGAGAUGUAGCAAAUAUUGGAGAGCGAGAAAGUACCAGUCAAUCAGCUAUUACAGGUUGUGCUUAAAAAAUGUCAGAAGCGUAUUGGUUGGUGCCUUAUCGCUCUCCAGCAUGUGAUAAAUCUCCCCCUAUACAAAACAUGUCAUUUUGGGAAGCCGUUAGAAUGUGAUUAGUUAAUUGAUAUUGGCAUUACCUCCUAUACAGUUUCUUUUAGAACGGUUUUUCAGUGGUUCCACAUAUUUCUGUACUUCACAUGCAUUUAAUGCGGCUUGUGCCAGCAAUGAACCGGUCCCUGAUAAAAGCAGGAUAUAUAGUGCAUGCAUUUUCAUUUUCCAGAAAAAUGAGCUGUGCCUGCCUGCUACAACCCGCCUGCAAGUAUUUGUCUAAACACAGACAAGUUACUCCAGAUAUAAUAGCAACUGUGACCUAAAUACACUGUUUACAGAGCGUUCCGUUCAGUUUCUGUUACGUGCCAUCUAGAUGUCAUUAUAUACCAAGUGCCAGUGAUUGCCGGUAAAAUGAGGAAUUCCUUUUUAUAUUUACCAGACGGAACAAGCUGUCUGCAAGUUGUUUUUUUUGUUGUUUUUUUUAAAGUUGAUACAUAUAAAACAAUAGAUACCAGCCCGUCAAAAUGACGGAACAACAUAAUGGUAAUGUCAGCGCCAGCAGCUGUACACGCUCGAACGGAGCAACACUUGAAUUACUCCGUCGGGCGCCAUCUAGUGGCCGCCGGAGCGCAAAACACUUGAAUUUCCCCCAUAGAGGUGAGGAGCAGCGUUAGCCUUUUGUUAUUUAGGACUUACGUUUUCUAAAGUGUAAUUUUUCAGUCUACUGAUCAUUUUAUAUGUUAUCAGACCCUUAUACUGCAAGCGGCUGCUUGAUGAAUCACAGUGCAGCCAUGGAUGUUUUGUCAGGAUUUCUGCAAACAGUCUCUGGUGUUUUAUUGGCUACAGCACAGCAUCUUAUUGCGACCAGUGAACAGUCUGAAAGCGUUUCUCUGGUAUGGGGAGGUGAAAGGUUAAGAAGAGCAACCUCGAUGUUUGCUUGAAUGGAAUUUUUAGCAGUAUUUUCCAAAUUACAGUUUGUACGUGUUUAUGUGCCAGUUUCACCAAUCAAGAGACAUUACCUCAGGGAUGACCUCAGUUCACAGGAAAAACUAUUUCUUGUUCAAUAUUGCAUUUUCUUAUUCCAGCCUAGGCCCACAGCCAUUAAGCAAUAAAGUCUACUGACAAAUAAUUAAAAACCGAAUGGCCUGAGCAAAACCAAAAAUGGUUUCCCAGUGCAGCGUUGGAUAUGGGUCCUCAAAAAUAUUAUUUUCCAUAACUUAAUUGCAUGAGGGGAAACCCCUAAGGAAGAUGAUCUCAUUAUACUUCCCAGAGAUCUUGAUUCUUGGUCUGAGAGGGCUUAGUAGAAUAGGAGCAUAAUUGAGUGGACAAUGGCCAUGGCUUGGUGGAUAUAUGGAGUCUGUCUUAAUUUCAGUUUAUAAAGUGUUAGAAGGUGUAUAAUUACGCCCUGACCAGGUGCUUUGUGCUAGACGACAUAUUAGGCUCCUGAAAAAGUACUUAGGCAAAAAGUCUUAGGCACUAUAGGCCGGAUUCAGAGAUGGAAACAGAACACAUCUCUGCUGAUGUGUAAAAAUACUAACGCAGCAGGAGCGGUCUGCAGGAAAAAGCCACCUUCUGCAUUACGCGGCGUCACAUCACGUCCGAAGCUUACUUGGAAUGACCGACAGAAAUGCUCAGCAGGGGCUGGGAAAUCUGCAUCCAUAGACGCAGACCCUGGCCUCUGCACUCCCAGAAAAUGGAGGCAACAGGCUAUCAUUUUUAGGAACGCUGGCCUGCUCUGCCUAACGCCUGCAAUCUGUCAGGCUGUGGCUUAGGGGGCACUGCGUGCGAUCACAGUCCUGAGCAUGCGCAGUCCACCCACCGUCGGAGAUUUAUGCAAACCAUCUGUUUUGCCGACAUCCCUGAAUCGGGCUCUGUGUUGUUGUAGUGAACCAGGUCCCCCUGAUGCCCAUCUUGGAAAGCGUUUAUGCAUAUGCUCUGUGUUUUUGGCUGCUUCCUGCCGGUCCUCUGUACUUAUAGCGCAGGGAAGCUUUGAUGUAUUAGGGCAGGGAUGGGGCACCUUCGGCCCUCCAGCUGUUGUUGAACUACACAUCCCAGCAUGCCCUGCAACCGUUUUAGCAUGGCCAAAUGGCAAAACUGUAGCAAGGCAUGCUGGUAUGUGUAGUUCAACAGCUGGAGGACCUAAGGUUCCCCACCCCUGUAUUAGAGAGACAUCCACCAGCAAGCAGGACUCCCAGCACUAAAGCUAGCACAUUGCAUUUGUGUAUAGCCCCUGAUCAUUUCUCUCCCUGGUGGGGGCAGCGUAGGUUACAUAGUGCACAGGGCAUUCUAGAGCAAGACGUACAGUAUGCGAUACCAUAGCCCUAUAAAACGUUAUUUGGAAUGGUAUUUAAAUGAACUCAAACUAAAAGUGUUGGAGCGAAGUGUUACAAAACUAAGUAAGGAAUAUUUAAUGAAUAUAGAUGGGGAAACACAGAAAACAUUAAUGGUAAGUCGGGAAGUGGUCGUAUGUAGCAUGGAGAUACUUGCAUAUUAUAUAUGUGCAUGUACUGUAGCUGAUGACACCUGUAUUGGUACCAGUGGCAAUGGGUUGAGAAUUUGAUUUAUCACCAGGAGUCCAGGUGGGUCACCUGUAGGUUAUAAUGUUUGUUUAUAAAUAAUAGUAAAUGUGACUGCAUGGUGUAGGACGUUUAAUGUGGACGAGGCAUUUAUUAAUGUAUCAGCUCCCUUACUAGGAGAGAGAUUCAAGCUUUUGACUUGGAAUGUUCCUUUCAUGCAUGGCUGACAUAUAGUAAUUAACCCAAUGGGUGUUAAUGUUUUUUUGGGGGGGAAAGGUUCCGAUGGUUUGAGUUUAUGUGACUGGCGUUUGGGAGACCGCCGGUCACCAUACCGCCGGCGGGAACCCGGCUUUUAGAUUGCCGGCGGGGGGACAAGCGCAACGAAGCCCCUUGCAGGCUCGUUGUGCUUGCCACGCAGAGGGCUCGCUGUGCUCGCCAGAGGUUCUAUUCUCACUGUAUGGGGUGUCCGUGACCGCCGGUCACAUACUGUAACCGCAUCCCAGUCCGACAGGUAAAAAUGCCUGACGUGCAUAUGGCAUAUUUCAAAGUUACUUAAUAUACGAGAAAUAUGGUAAGUAUUGUAUCAUCAUAUGCAGACUUCCUGACUGUAAAGCUGGGCACACAUUCAGGUGGCCAAUAAAUAAGUGUGUAUACUUACCUGGAACCGACACUCGGUCGGCGCUACCGCAGGUCUGCCAAAGUGUCGGUCAGGUGUCUACCCAGCCUAACUCUACUGAAUUGCAUUGUAGGAAGCCUUAUACACCUAUGUGAAUUUAUUAUAGCAGUCUAACAAGCACUGAAACAUCUUAAAUUCAAGGAGAAUGGCUACUUGUUAGUGAUCAGAUUACUUUUUAUAAUGGGUCAUUAUGCAUAUUUGGUAUAAAUAGCCCUUGAAGAAUUUGUAAUCUAAGUAGAUCUAAUGCAGUUUAGGGGGGUUGUCUACCUGUAGAUGAUUUAGUAGCUUGUACAUACUAAUAUACAAUUUCCAAUAAUUAUACCCAUCCUUUUAAUUGAAAAUCAAAGAGCCAAAACAAGCCGCUAAAAGUCGAGGAAUUAAGUCGUUUAUGAUCUGAUCAUUGGUGCCCACAAUUCCAGCUAGUGCUUGUGCAGAGACAUACUCGUUUUAUCCAGGGUAAAUGUUCUAACCUGAAAAGCAUUUCUGCUGUGUUGAAUAUUAGAUGCACCGCAGAUAAUAUAAUGCAAAACAGGAUCAUUGGGGCAGAUGUAUUAAGCCUGGAGAAGUGAUAAAGCAGUGAUAAGUGCAAGAUGUGAACGCACCAGCCAGUCCGCUCCAAUAUUUAAAUCGACAGGAGCUGAUUGGCUGGUGCAUUAUCACCUUGCACUUAUCACUGCUUUAUCACUUCUUCAGGCUUAAUACAUCUGCCCCUCUGUGGCUUAUGUCUGCCACUAAAUGAGUUACAGCAAUAAAGUUUUUCUGUUUUUUUAACUGAAAUGCAAAGCACUGCCUGGUGAUGUUAAAGCAUGGCUAGAAAGGGAUAAGGUAGAAAGAGCAAUGUAUUUAGUAACCAUUACAGAAAGUACACAAAUCCUUUUGAUGACGACUUUUAUUCCCCAGUUAUAUAAUGAGUAUUAUGCUUGAAUAAUCCUUUCAAUGUGACUGUAUUUUACUGACGAUAUCCUAUCCAAGACUAGUAAACCCAAAAGAUCUAGUACUAAACAUAGAGGGAAUUCAAAUAGCCGUUGUAAAUGACCACGGCUAAUUGAUCCCCCCUGGUGGUGUUCAGUUGACCUCGAUAGCCGGUGCUAUUGGGGAUUUUUUUCUCACCUGCCCGGAGUCAGAAAUAAAGUCUCCGAUAACUGACACUUUUUCUUGCGGUUUCGGCCUUGAAAACACAUGGAUCCGGGGAACUUAUCCCGGAUCCUGUGCGUUUUCGCUUAAAAACGGGUCAAUUUUUGCACAAAAAAGAGGCUGCAAUUGAAUUGCAUGAUAGAACCAUCUGGCAAAAAAACGUGGUAAAGAUUUUUAAUUUUUUUUGCACAAAAAUGUAUCGGGUCAAAUUUUGUUUGGAUAAUACCUGCUUUCUUUGCUUAUAGCGUUAUAGGCUUGCUGCAACAGCCACUUAUACACAUUCUAUACAAAGCCUUUGUCUGUUGUAUUUGGUAACAGUUGUGGGUAUGCAGCACGCAUCAGAUUAGACUGCAAUAGGCCACCCGGUCAUUUGUGUCUUGUAUAUGUCCCAUUUUGAAUUGCUGUCGUGAACUCUUACUGUAGUUCUACCAUUCAUCUGCAGGACCUUGAUGUAUAAUUGCUGUAUCAAAAGUUUAUACCAUAAGUAGCCUGACACCAGAGGACUGCCCAGUAAUAGGACAGGCAUCGAGUGUUCGUCUCACUACCCACUGAUUUACAUCGCUGCCUGUGUGACCGUCACACAUGGGGGAUCAAUAAUAUUUGUGCCUUCAGAGGUUGUCUUAAAUCACAUUCUAUUCCGAAGGCUUUACGGGGACAUUCGGUGAAAGUGCUGGGCUGACACUUGUAGUUCAUAGGAAUUUCCAUAACCGUCUGUGAAUUUACUGUGUGACACCAAACGAGAGCUUACAUAAUAAAGGUAAGCCACCAGUGUGUUUUGUGCAGAUGAUUUCACUGCACACUAUGCUGACGAGUGGGACUGUGGGUUGUUUUAAAUAAUGCAAUAGCAAUACAAACAAUUUAUUUUUGGUUUCUCUGCUGUUGGCCAUGUAAAAAGCUAAUGAAACUUUCCAUGACCAGUGCUACCAGUUACUGGAGUGCCGAGAACGCCAUACUGAUGCUGGGUUUUUGGGAAUGUGCCGUUUUGGGAACUGUAGCAAAUCAUUUUUUUGGUCACCACUGUAAAAUCGCCUACAAUGGGUGGUGUGAUCAUGCAGAACUAUAAGACGCUGUCAUGUCCAGGAUUGCAGCUUCGUAUUGGUCCACGCAGUCACACAGCCCAUACAAGCCAGUGCUGUCAGAGGAGCGUUGAAUUGGGUGAUUAUAUUUACACCUUAUCUGGGAGUGCAGCUUUAACUUGGGAGAGAGAGUAAAAGCAAUGUAUAAAUAGUUAUAAAGACUCCAUUGAUUUAAGGGGGAGAUUUAUCAAAGUUUAGAGAGAGAUAAAGUACCAACCAGCUUCUGCCCUUUUACAGGUUGUUUGAAAAAUGACAGGAGCUGAUUGGUUGGUACUUUAUCUUUCUCCAAGGUUUGAUGUUCAAUACUCUAUGCAAUCGCAUCCGUAAGUAUGAAGACGCUGGUCAGUAAAUAGCCUCCAAUAUGGUGGUAAACUCUCCAACAUAAAUCUGUAAGUGUCAACUGCUGGCGUUGAAUAUGAGCAGACUGUUUACUUAUUCAGGUACUGAAACAAUUACAAUCAUUCACUGUAGUAAUUGUAGUAAUGGCUGCCACAGCCAUAUUCUGUGUAUCCUUCAUCUGCUAAUAAGCUGCACACGACAUGGACACAACUUGUGUUAGGUUUGUGCAUUUCCAUCCACAGAGCUCUCUGAAUGUAAUUUGUCUGAGAUCUGCAUGUACUGUAGGCACAUUGUAUCUGUAUAUGUUGUUAGACUGUAGAUUGUAUAAAGGAAGAAAGUUCUACGUGUUUUGAAAAAAAAAUGUACAUAAAAUAAAAAAAAUUGUGAGAAUUUUA